AUGUCACGUCCUAUUCCUGUCCAGCGGAAUCUUACUUUAACUGAGGAGCUGGAGAGACUGGAACACCAUGCCCACAGGAUCGUCACGUCUAGCAUCCUCCCCAUUGUAGAACAAUAUGCGGCGCAGUCGCGAGAAGUUUGGGAAGGGUCAAAGUUCUGGAAGCAAUUUUUCGAAUCCAGUGCUAAUGUCUCCCUCUCGGGCUACGAGGAACAUCUUCCCAGCGAAAGCGGACAGGAGGGCACAUUUACCGAAGACUCAACCUUUAACACCCGCAAUUCAACAGACGACGACGUUACAGAAUCAUACGCCACAACAUCGUCUGAAUCGCUAGAUUUGCGUCACGGAGAUGAUGCUCCUGACCUCUCUUCACUUACAAUAACUCCAUCCCACAGUACGCCCCGUCCAAGAGUACACUUAGAGCGGGACAACGACGACGAAAUAACGAGCUCGUCCAUUAAUUACCCCAACCCAUACGAAGCUCUCCACAGAGUACCAGAAGAAACGCCCUCCCGGUCGCGCAUUGCUGAACCAGUCACGCCGGGGAGGACACAGCGAACACAUAGUGUGACGCACCAUGGCUCCCAAGCACCAACAUUCUCAGUUUUAGCUCCGUCCCCCACCCGUGGGAUGCCGUCCACUGUCAAAAAAGUAGGCAAACCGACAGAUCCAGUCCUUCGCCGCAUCUUGGAUAAAACGUACCGAAUCCAAGCCACCCCCCUGGCCAGCUCUCGCAAAUCAUACCACAACCCAACCCGCAUCAUCACCACUCCCAAAUCAAAACCCAGGUCAGGCUACCUGGAUUCCUCCCCCAUAUCGAGCCCAGAAAUCGAAGUCCCAAAACUUCACUCUGAAGUUUUUUCAUCCCCAAUCAAGGGAGGUGGUGAGAGUCGACCUCGUCAGCGACGGCCAAGUAAAUCCUCGAGAAUCCCACAACCAGGCAUCAGUGUGCUUACUCCCGCCAAACACAAGCAAAAUUCUUCGAAACCUAAAUCUAGUAAGGGUUGGGAGAGUGACGACCUUGACGAUGGCGAUGACGACGAUGCUACCUCCCUUUUCGGAAACAGUCCGCCUAAAACAAUACAGUUCCAUAUUCCACAAAGCAGAUUGCUUAAGACUCCUGCCAAGGAAGCCUCUAAACGUAUUGUUUCUGACCUGCUCUACACCGCUGGCGGCGGCGAGGACAACACAGACGAGUUCGAAAAUAGCCCCAGCAUAGUGCGUCGGGUGGCAGGGUUAGAAGAUGAAAGUUUCUAA